UUGAUGCUCAUUGCGAAGACAACUCAAGACAUAGAAGCAAAGAGGAUACAAAGGAAGCAUCAAGAUAUAUUAAAGACGAGACGAAUCGCAAAACAAAAGAAAUCAGGGACAUCACGGAUCCAUUGACAGAUCGAAGUACAGCUCAAUCUGCACAUCGAUUGUCCAGAGGGUCAUGGCUAUGGCAGCACAGGACCUGCAGUUCGCGCUUUAUGCACAUUUAAAUGAAGCGUCACUCGCUUCAUCCCCAGAAGAAAUUAAUAAGCAUCUAGAAGCUUUUACGCGCGAUUGGAAGAAGGAGCCUUCCUUGGAGCAGUUUGGCGCCGCUUUAGGGCUAUUGCGGGAUUCGAAGAGAUCGCCAAAUGCUGAAGCUGUAUCACUAUGGUGGCUGGAUUAUAUACAAGACAUAUGUAUUAGCGACCAUAUAGGAAAGUAUUCCUCGGAACUUCACGAUGCGUUGCUGAAGGCAGCUGGGGAAAUUAAAGAGCUUGCAGUUGGUGCAUCGGGGCCGAUUGUGAAGCGUGCCUUGCAAGUUUGUUCCACGAUCUAUCCAUUUGUUUUUCUAAUCUGCUGCCAAGAUUCUGCAGCAUAUAUGAGUCUUUGGAAUGAGUAUGGCAUUGGGAUCAAGCUUUCAAUAUUAGGUCGGUCUGGCGAUACCAGCGAUGGUUAUAUGAUCUCGCGUUGCAAAUUCAUACAAACUAUCAUUCAGACACAGUCUUAUAGUCAACCAAACUCAACACCGCAAGACACUGAAACAUACGCAUUGAACAAGAUCCCUCCGAAUCAUCCGUUCCUGAAUGCUGAAAUGCUUGCGAAUGAGUCUGACGGUCUUCUUCAACACUUGCUCUCUAUCAUUCGGUCGCCUACAGUUUCUUCCACAGUCGUCACCGCUGUCAUAAACCAGACCAGUGCCUUGCAGCGAGCGCGGCCUCAAUUUAUACCGCUCGUUCUUGGAACAUGGAUGUCUUUCAUAAAACCUUCACUUCCAUCACAUUUUUCGCCACUACAAGCUAGGUUUACCGAGAAAGCCAUUAGGAUACAACUGCUAGCUCUCACAAAAAUGCAGUUACAGCCGUCUCAGUUGCAGAUCGUGGUAGAGGCAUUAUCGGGGUAUGGAAUCAGAUAUAAUGGCGGUACAUUGAGUCGUCAGCAACAACAGCAGCUUCUUCAUGUAGAUAAAGACAGUGGAGAUGAUUCCAAGAGAUCUGGAAAACGUUCACGAUCAUCAAACCAAGAAUCUGAUGACAUUGAUAUGAAGCGAUUGAAGUCUGAACAAGAUAUAGGAGCGAACACUCCACCAUCGGUAACUUCGGGCGCUCCUCCGCCACCUCUGCCGGGCUCUACAUCAGAUAGCGCUCAGCCACCUGGCAUCCCGCCAGGGUUCGGGCAGACAUUACUAGGUCAGAUCAAUAUUACUCAGCUUCCGCUACAUCAUGUCGUAGAUAUUAUUUUCGAGUCCCUCGCCGCAAAUAAUGUGCCCCACCUCUUCCACUCGUUUUUGUCUACAUUACAUCUUUUAAGGUUGAAAGAAGGGCCUCUUCCUAUGCCACCUCCAGGGGUUGGCCCACCGCCACCGGGGUUCGUGCCGCCACCACUACCACCAGAGAUGAUGCCGUCUCUUCCUAGUGGCAUGCUACCACUCCCACAGCCACAUAUGCUUCCGCCUCAUCUCGCCGGCGCGCCAGGGGCACAGCCUCCUGCUCCUCCUGUAGUAGAGUCAAAAGCAGAGAUCAAGCCAGAAAUCAAAAAAGAAGCCAAUUUUUCCAAGCUUCAGCUUCCACGGAUCCCUGACAAUGUCCAGGUUAAUAUCACAGUGUUGCCUCCUAAUCACACGCCGACACAACUUCCGAGACGACCAAUGGUAGUUAAAUCGGACACGACAACGAAUGUUCCUCGUAAAGAUACGCCGUCUGAAAAGAAUGUCAAAGCUGAGCCAAAAAAAGAAUCAGACGAGGUUCAGCGACUGAAACAGGAAACAUUCCAAGUGAGGCCUUUUGAGCCUUCCGCUGAGAUUCCUGGUAAACAUGCUUCACUCGUCCCUGCAAGGAAGCUUUUGGAGCAGACAUUUGAGCGCAUCCUUGGUUCUGAACAUGUGGUGUCGGUACCAGGGGUAUCUGGCAGGAAGAUGCUAGAGGCUGCUGCCUCUCAUCAGGCUGGCCAAAGACCCAAGAGAGAUGAAAGUGGUGCAGUAGUACCAUUUGGACAUGGUGAUGCAGCAGGUUAUCCAGCCAAAGUGGUGACCAAGGCGGAUUGGAUGUCUAUUGUGUCUAGGCUUUUGACUAGAGCAUUUACAAGGGAAUCAGGAGCAAGUGAAGGCACUGCAAGUGCUGUUGAUAAAGGAGUUAAGGAGAGAAUGGUUGAUUAUAUUUGUAAGGAUUUCAAGCAACGCAGGGAACUUGCAUUGACGUGGCUACAUGAGGAGUGGUACUAUGAUGGGAUUUGUCAGCGUGAGGCUGCAGAUAUGGAUGACCGAGAACCUCAAUAUCUUUGGUGUCUAUAUAAAAUUUUGGAUGGUAUCACUUCUGGAUCGACACAGCUGGAUCUCAGAGACCGAGGACUGACUCGGUUCUUACUAGAAGUACCCGAGUUACCGGAUGGUGCUGUUGAUAUCAUUCAAAAAUAUUGUGAUGAUCCUGCUAGAGCGCAACUUGGUAUGGCCUGUUUACGAGAUGUUGUGAACCUGCGACCGCCGAGUCGGGCUCGAGCAUUAGAAAUCCUCCUUAGCUACACAACCCACCCUGAAAAGGCACAGCGGUCCAUGGCGAUCGUCACUGCCAAGAAGUGGUACUUGGAACACCCCACUGUCGGCGUGAAAGUCGAGGAAUACGCACUAGCUCAGCUGGAAACGCUUAAAGAUUAUCCUGUACCCAAGCGUGAUGCUGUCAUACCAGUGCCGAAUGAGGAUUCGAAUAAGAAAGGCGAUGUCGAUACACCUAUGACAGAAGCGGGCCCUCGAAUCAAAACUGAAGUCGCGGAUGAAUCGAUGGUGGUCAAUAAUAAUGAUAAUAAUAGUAGUAAUAAUAGGGCAAAAUCAGCCUCAUUGGAACCACCAUCUGGAUCAACACCAUCAUCUACAUCCAAAUCGCUCUCGACACUAGCCAUAGAUAAGGCAUUUUUGCAGGCUGAAGAGGACAUUGGAAACUUAUUAGAGUUGUAUUUAUCACUUUGUGCGAAGAACCACGCCCUCCUUGAAGUUCUCUUCAGGAACUACAUCUCUUAUGAUCCAUUUGUACAGCGUGUGAUCCGGCAAAAGAUCCAGCCACUUAUAAAGUCGAUUAAAUCAGACUCGACCAAGCUUCUCGCGCUCAUCCGGGAUUUCCCAAUGGGUGCAGAAAUGUUGGUGCUAAGAAUCAUUGUUAUUCUGACAGAUGGAGUUCAACCUUCACCCGGCUUAGUGAGUGCUGUACAAGAUGCAGUGAUCAAGCACGAUCUCAAUGCUCGUUUCUUGAUCCCAAUUAUCGGUGGGCUAGAUAGAGAGGCUGUUUUCAAUUGUCUACCGCGAAUUGUUGGUCUCUUGAAAGGCACAGAACGCGAGCGUAGGACUGUGACAGAUGUAUUCCUCAAACUCUUGACAGGAAGUGGAAGAAGUGGAGGUCCUGGACAAACAACAUCUAGUGCUCUCUCAACUGGGUCUGAUAGAAGAACCAGCAACGUUUCGGCUAUAGCAACAACAACAUCGUCCUCAUCAUUACAGUCGUCUUCAUCUGCUUCUCGUGGCCCUAUCAUGUCACCAUCAGAGCUAUUGAUUGAACUCCAUGCUAUUGAAGAUACCGUUGGCUGGAAAGCAGCCUGCGAAGCUAUGGAUAUUUGUUUUAACCAUCCAGAAAUUUAUAAGUCCGAGAUCAUUGCUGUAGUCUUACAGCAGCUUCUGGAGCAGCCCACAAUACCUUCACUCUUUAUGAGGACUGUGAUACAGGCAAUCACACUGUAUAAAAACUUAGUAGGGUUUGUUAACAGCAUGAUCUUGGCCAAACUCAUCCCUAAAAAAGUAUGGUCAAGAAAGGUGUUGUGGAAGGGAUUUGUUCGUUGUGCGAAGAUGACUCAGCCCAGUAGUAGUAGUGUCCUGGCCAGUUUACCGAAACCUCAAUUGAAGGAGGUCCUAGCUAUGGAACCAUCCUUGAAGGAGCCCGUUGAGGCGUUCAUUAAGGCCAAAUCUUCAGGAAGAAGAGUGGGUGGAGGCGCCGCGAAACAAGUGUCGGUGCUUUCAGUGCCUAGCAGCGACGUAGUGCCUAAUACCAUCCCUACUUCAACUCCAGCUCCUACUCUUGCUAUUAAUCCUGCUUCUUCGCCUGCUGCUGUAUCUACCUCGUCAGCAGCAACAGCAACUAUAGCAGCGUCAAUUCAACCAGAUAUAGCGAUAGAGAAUGAAGUCAAAAAGGAAUAUCCGUCAGAAAUGGACACUACAGUCUCAUCUACUCCGAUGGACAUAUAACCGAAUAAAUAUUAUUAUUUUGUCC